UUGAAAUGUACAUUGUAUAUGCAUUCUGCGACAUGGCAUGUCUUCUGUUGACGGUGUAUACGAAAUUCGAGAUUGAAAGUUAAAGCCAUUUCCAGUUGGGGUUUUUUCUUACAUUUACGUUGUGAGUGUCAUGUUGUUUGCAGAUCCGGCGAUGAACUUGCUUUGUACAUACCCUGGAAAACAAAACAUUUCCGUUAAGGUUUCCCGUCUUGUGGCGGUUUUCCUUUAAUCAGAUUCUCUCUCUUCAUCAGGCAAGACCCCUGUCUGUAAGUUUUAAACGCUUAAAGAUGUCAUCGACGUGGUCGUCUUGGGUAGAAAGUCUAAUGGGCGAUAGAACAAGCAUGCAGCGAUGUGGAAUUUAUGGGAACUCGAAAGGCGAUACAUGGGGUGUAUCGGAUGGAAUGGAGGCAACUCCCGAGGAAGUCCAAUACAUAAGCAGCAACUACGACGAAAAUGAGAAAUUUCACACCGAAGGAUGUCGCUGUGGAGGAAAAAAGUACAACUUUGUGAGAAAAGUUGAAGAUGUUUUGGUGUUCAAGAGGAGUAAAAUGGAUCAACCCGAGCAGACCGAGACUUCCGGAACACCCAAAACAGAUUUGCCCUUCCUUCUUGCUAUGAAUACGACAGAUGGAUGUCUGAUAGGAAUUGCAAACGGGGAUGAGAAAAGCAAAUCCCAGUCCAUAAUGCAAAUGGAAUUUGUCGCAAAGAAGCUCAAGGAAUCUGGAAGAUGAAGUUUAAUAAACUAAUUUGUUUAUUAUGUUCAAUUUUCGUUUUGUGUCUGCACGAAGAAGCCUAUGUUUUAUUUUUGAAUUACAUAUACUAAUUAUUUAAUAAUAUUAAUACAAUGUAAUGCAUACAAUGUAUAAAGAAUUAAAUGGAA